GGCUCCUUUUUUUCGCAGUUGAAAAAGUCGCGUUAGUAUUAGUGGCUUUCAAGUGUUUUUGUUGAUGUACGGCAAUUUGCCAACUAAAAAUUAAUAUAAUAGAAUCAAAAGACGACUCAAAUAUUUCGCAGAAUAGUGAGUUUUGUGGCAUGAAGGUCAUGGACAUUCAUGAACAUAAGUUAUAAAGAUCUAAAUAGUUAUCUUUUCAGGUGUAGAAUUUAUUUGCGCAAUUCUGUUUCUUGAUCCUUUUAUCGGUUGAAAACCUUUCAGUUUCACGAAAUAUACGUUCUCGCUUUUCGGGCCUCUUUUUAAUUGGUCAGUCACUGACGCGGAGAAGAGCGUACAGGAACCGUGUUGGAAGGUGCCGGAGCUGCGCAAAAUGGAAAUAAGCGUGUACAGUGGAGAUCUUUAUACUCUUGAAAGACGUCCAUUCGUUUUCACGAGACAUAUAAACAAAAGGUUUUUUCUCGUUGUAAAACCCAAGCAAUGUGAUAGAAAUCUUCCUAAUAUCUUAAGGAUCGGAAACUUUUCUUCAAAAUGGAAGAACAUUCUUUUCAUGAUAGAAGCAGCCUCUCAGGAAAUUCGGGUUCGCUUGGUGCACCUGGUCAAAAACCAAAAUUACAACCAGUACGAGUUAAAGCUCUCUUAGAAACUUAUGGAAGUGAUGAUGACAGCGAAGACAGGGAACGAGACUCUGAAAAGUCCGACGAAGACUCGGAUGAUACCGAUGAUUGCACGCCUUUACCGGAAGAUUCAGUGGAUACACACACAAUCAACUAUAAUAACUUUCCAGGUCUGAACUCUAUAGCAGAAGCAACUUUGGAGAUUUCUCCUCCCACUCUUCUUUGUGCGAACGAGUUGGAUGCUGUUGAAAAAAGUAAGCUCACAGAAUUAAAAGAGAAUCUAUUCUUCCCAGAGAAUCCUGCCUUAUUUAACAAAUUCACGGAAGAUAAAGCAGUUAAAACCCCCGGAACUUCUAGUGCAGAGGGAUUAAAAGUUUAUUCAGCGCCACCCGUAAUGGAUAAUGAAAAAAACGGUACUGAUAAUUCAGCAGUAUUAAGUUUUGGUUCGGAUUCCGAAAAGCGCAGCAAGUCGCAUUCGCCAGAACCCAAAUUAAGCGCACCGACUCUCCUGAAAGAACAAGAAUAUAAACCGAGUGAAUCAAGACUCCGUCACUCUGGUCUCUGUUAUGAAAGUAGAGACCGAAAAAAUUCCUACAAAAGUAGCGAUUCCGCUUUAGAAGACUUCUCGAUUAACCAUAAGAAAAUAUUCUCCAACGACAGUAAACUAACGGCAGAAUCUAGUAACAAAGGAAAUGGGCAGUUACAAGUUCAGAGACAUUUUGAAACAGAAAACACAGCAGCUGCUCGAUCUUCCAAUACGGCUGGUCCGUCUUAUUUGGUGACUGACACUCCCUUAAAACAUACCCAGCUACCUAGUGGUACACGGCCAACACCCUGUCAUUCCCAUAAAAUUCUUUUUGUGACUCCACAAAACCAAACGACACCGCAAAAGCAAAUCGAGAGCGAUUUUCAGAAAAAUUAUGCACAAACACCGGCAACGAUUUUGUCUCACUGGUCUCAGAGUGGAUUACAAACGCCGUUGACAAGUCAAGUUGUUAACAGCAGUGGAAAUCCUGUUGUUACCUCAAGCAGUUCAAAACACGAGCUUCAAAGAUAUAGCAACGUAGAGAAAAAAAGCGUGAGGAGGCCACUGGCAGAGACAAUGAAACCGAAUCCUCCGUUAAUUAAAGAAACUGUUCCCGCCUACUUUCUGGAAACCAGACGAAAUUCAUUACAUUAUACUCCAGCUCCAAAAAUCGAAGGACCCUAUAGGCAUUCAACAGUCGAAAGCAAUUUAGAAUUGAAAGAAAAUAAGAGUCCGAAUGAUAACGAACAAUUAAAUAACGAAAUGCCUCCUAAAAAUUACACAAUACCCGAUAAAGGAAAUCUUAUUAUUCCAAGAAUGAUACCUUCUAGUUUAAAUCAGCAGAUGAAAGAACGAAAAAAUUCUGAAGAAGUCAAAGACGUCGCGAAAAAUUGUCCAACGAGAAAGAGUAUAAACGAGCAACCAAAAAUUUUAGAAAGAGUUCCAAUUGCUCCUGCAUCUGAUAUUCAAUGUUCUCAGAAAAAUGAAUUUUUGAAAGUAAAAAAUACACAAUAUAGAAAUCUUGGACUAGUUGGUAAAGGCAUGAGUGGAAAGGUAUAUAGAGUGCAAAAUAUGUCUAACGAUGAGCUGCGGGCUAUUAAAUUCGUAGAUCUUAGUAAAUUGGAUAAAGAAGGAGUUGAUGGUUGCUUGGAGGAAAUUCGUAUGUUGCAUAAGUUACAAGCACCUUGUAUCAUAAAAAUGUUUGACUAUGAAGUGAAGGAAACUUCGGUUUACGUUGUAAUGGAACUGGGAGAUACAGACCUUAGUAGUUUGAUAAAAACAAACUCAGUCGAGAAAGAUCAGUAUUUCACUUUGUAUUAUUGGAGACAAAUGUUGAGGGCUGUAAAUCACAUUCACAAAAAUGGUGUAAUCCACUCAGACUUGAAGCCGGGCAACUUUGUGUUAGUAAAAGGUGCAUUAAAAUUGAUAGAUUUUGGAAUUGCGUCUAGCAUUAAUUCAGAUAUGACGUCGGUAGUAAAAAACUCAACCACUGGAACUUUGAACUAUAUUAGUCCAGAAGCGUUAACUGAUAUUGGAGGUUCUCCAAGUCAAAAUGCUAAACAUAAGAUAAACUACAAGUCGGAUGUUUGGGCGCUGGGUUGCAUUCUUUAUAGCUUGGUUUAUGGUCACACACCAUUUCAAGAUAUACGUAAUCAGUGGACGAAGAUCUCUGCUAUAAUGAACCCGCAACACAAAAUACCUUUUCCUACUAAUAUAGGCGAUAAAUCAAAAUUAGUGCCACCAGUUUUGAUUGAUGUGAUGAGAAAAUGUCUCAACCGCGACGGAAAAGCAAGACCUACAGUACAACAGCUGCUGGACGUUUCAUACAUCUCAUCACAACCUGCACCCCAUUAUGAUAUACCAGCACAGAUCAUGGUUGCCAUUAAACAAAACCGACUCUCGGACGACGAUUGGAGGCAAUUUUUAGAGAUAAUGGAACAAAGAAGGCAGGCGUGAGUCUUUCAAAGUGAUCGACGGAAAUUGUAAAUAAGAAUUUGUCAACUAACGGUAAUGGGGUGCAUGUAAGAUUUUUUUUAUAAUAUAUAAAAUAACAAGAAUUUUUUCUGUUAAUAACUGUUGUUUUUCAAAUGUAUUAUUUAGCAAAGUCUUCGAUCGUCCAAAUAGAAAACUCUUAUAGGUAGAUAGGAAACCUAUCUCGAAUAGAAUGUAACACUAGCCUCUGUCCAGAAAUUCUUCAAAAAUGGUUGUAAAUUUUACAAAUGACCCAUUGCAUUAUAUUUAAAUAUUUUUAAAAAAUGCCUAAUUCUUUCGCUUGAUCAUUUAUUUAUAAAAUAAUUAUAUAAAGCUAAAAUUAAAUUUGAAAUUAAAUUCAAUGAAAUUCGAGAUUCAGGAUGCUUUUUAGAGUGAGUCCCUUUCCUAUCGCAUUGUUAUAUAUGAAAAAGAAUGUACAAUUACAAAAUAAAAUGAUACAUAUUACACUCGAACUAAGUAAAUCGAGAAAAUCUAUAU